UAACCUCUUGACGUUACUGACGUUUUAAUCUUCUCUCCAGUAUUUCCGUUAUGUUGGUAUCGUUAAUUUUCACUGCGCGAGCCAAUCUAUCGACAUUUUUAUUGACAUCCGUGUUUAAUCUGUUCGAAGUUUAAACUAAAGCGUCGGUUUUUUCUUUCUCGUGAAAAUAGCCAUUGCGUUUGUAUUAUUAGUCAAAAUGCCGAAACGAAGGACCGAAGAAAGUGAAGAAGAUUAUUUAAAACGCAAAAUGAAGCGUUAUAAGAAGAAAUUGGAGGAGCUCUCUAUGAAAGAUGCCGUCGAGGAACAACCACAUGUCGCCGAAAAAGAAAUUGUUGCAGAGGAGGACAAUGAGUUACCAGAGGACAAUGUGUUAAUAGAGGACAACCAGUUACCAGAGGAAUUUCUUCUUGCCCUCGGCAGUGAGGGCGCAGAGAAAGAGGUUCGGGGAGAUGAAAUCCGACCGGAACUGGCAAAUCGUUGGAUUAAAUUAAUGAGUAAUGGACUGGGAAAAGAUGCACAAGAAGCCAUUUUCAAAAAAUAUCCAACACCAUCAAACUUUGAUAGUGCAGAGGCCCCCAAGAUUAAUCCAGAAAUUUUGGCAUCUCUCUCACAGAGAACAGUUAAAAGAGAUAUGAGAAUUGUACAUCGGCAGAAUUUGACUGGAAAAGUAAUGUGUGCCUUAGGCAAAACGCUUACAAGCAUUCUGAAGGGCGAUAUAAAUUCUAAGCUCAUUAUAGAGCAGGUUAACGAUGCAGCAAAAUUAUGUGCCGAAAUUUACUAUCAAGAUUCUUCAUCAAGGAAGUUUUUUGCCCUCGCAGGAGCAGACCAAACCAUCAAAGAUGCUGUUCGUGACUCUAAACCAGAUAAAUUCCUUUUUGGAAUGAAUUGUGCAGAGAACAUUAAGGCUGCACAAGCUAUUAAAAAAACUGGAUCCCAAAUAAAGGCUGCCGAUCCUACACCACAGCAUAGUGCUACAAAUACAAAACCUUCUAAACAACAGCCUACGAGAAAAAAGCAGGGAAACUGGCGGGGCCCGCCACAACAAUUCCACCAGCGGGCACGUGGCGGGCAUCGUCCACAUCCAACACGGAACUUUGAAAUAGUGACUAAGGCGCUGUACGACAGCGUUACUACUUGUAAAUCCGACUCGGACAAGGAGCUUCGUAUAAUCAUGAUCGAACUUCACUUAAGAUGUGUAACUGUGCUGACAAGUCGCCCCAAAUAUACUCCAAACAUGGCAAAUUUACUUCCACCGCCCGAGAAACUUGAUUUCGAAGGUGACAAUGCCACAAUCGCGUUGCGUUGGGAAAGAUGGAAAAGGUCGUUACAGAUCUACCUGGAUGCGACGGAAAUUAAAGGUGCAGAGAAGAAGCGAGCUACUUUGUUACUUUUGGGUGGAUCUGAGCUGCAAGAAAUUAUUUAUAAUGUGCCAGGAGCAUACGUUGAUGCUUCUGAAAGUAACGAUGUUUUUAAAAUUGCCAUUGAGAAACUGGAUGGAUAA